GUUGGAAAUAGCUCGAAUUCAGGCUAUUCUUACAAAAUCAUGGUAGUCCUUAAACUCCUGCAUUUAACUUGACGUGUUACAGAGUUAUUACUUUGCGCUAUGCGUCGAGAGAGCUUCCAUACAAGUCAUGUUGCUUACGAAUAUUGACCAGAAGCAGCCUGGUUUUGCAUGGAGGCUGAGGCAGGGGCGCAAGCUAAUGGGCAGCGGCAUGGCCGCAGCAACAGGACAAGACGGAGGAGCCGUAGCCGCAGCUCUCAGCAUGCGAGGAAUGCACUCCUCUCUGUGCUGCUAGACUCGGACAACUCGGACGAAGCCCAAGGUUUAGGGCAGGAGGAACCCCACCCAGCUGAUCGCCAGCCAGUGCUUGCGAACGUAGAGGUGGAUGGAGCCCGGCCGAUACCCAUAACACACCAAGCAGCCACAGUUUCACAGGGGCUCACCAGCCUUCCCACUGCUGCGGGUCCCCUUGAACCCAGUCAUCUUGUACCCAGUGCACAGCCACCAACGAUGGCUGCCCCAGCGAGUCUUUUCCGCGCGCCCGGAAUGCGCACCUCCAACGUCAGCUUUGUUGCCGAAACCCCGGUUGCCAGCCCGCUGACAGAGUCGCUCUUUGAACGGAUUCCUGCCACACCCACCGAAGAGCUUGAGCGACUGAUGCAGUGUAACGGACUGCCACUUGGGGAUCCCGGACAGCAGCCUCACCCUUCCCUCCAACAGCAGCAGCAACAGGUGCGUGCUGUGGAGGACUACCAGCAGGCCUUGGACAUGUCCAUACCUUCGUCCCUCGAACCACCACCAGCAGCCGAGUAUGCGCCACCUGAGCAUCGGCCGCCUGCUUACGGCCCCAGUGCCUCUACCCACAUGAUGCCACCGCCGCCGCCAAGACAGCCCCCGCAAGCAGUACAGCUGCCUACGCCCCAGCAGCAGCAGCCAGGGCAUCCUGUUCCACCACAACUCGCUGCACAGCAGAGCUUUAAUACUCUAUACCCUGAUCCUGGGCCAAUGCCACCGCCAGCGAUGCCGCCACCGCCACCGCGGCCUGUGCCACCGUGGGCGCCACCUCCCUCCUCGUACGCAGCACCAGCUCCCGAUGCAGCCGCGCGGCGGGGCCACGUCGGUGAUGUCAGGUCCGUUCCAGUACCAGCAGUGCAGGACAGGGAGCCUGGCGGCUUAGUUACAAACCGGAAUCCCCCUGAGCCUGUGACCACGACCUUCGCGGCUUCACGGCCUGCACCAGCGCCGUCGGCAGUUCCCGCUUCAGCAUCGACAGUGGUGCAGGUCUGCAGGCAAGGCCAACAACACACCACGCUGCCACUCAGCCCCGCGCGCGCACGCGUCGGAGUCCAACAGCCAGCACCCGUGUCGUAUAAGUCGCCGACGGCGCAAGCCAACAAGGCUGGUGGAUUUGCGUCUUUGUUGCUGACAAAGAGCCCAGCGCAUGUGUCCGGGGCGACAGGCGGCGGCGUCAACGGUGCUGCAGCGGGCCACCGGUCGCCCGCUGAGGUCGCUCCUGGGCACCGGUCGCCCCUGCUCCAGCGGACCGGUGGCCAGCCAGCAGGCAGCCACUACCCGGGCCUGUCCCUGCAGCCCUGUAAGCCAUCUCCGCGAAAUGUGGGUUACAUCGAGACCAGCGGAGCCAAUGGUGCAGGCGCUACAUUUGCCGCGGCAGGCCGUGGUGAUGAUGGUAUCCCUCUUGGCCACCCAGGUGGCAACGGCUACGGUGGUGGCAGCAACGGCUCUUCGCGCGCUCGGCUGAACCUAGCUGACAAGCUGCACGCUGGCGCCGGCAUCAGCGUCAUCAGUCCCCUUGCGUCGGAGCUCGGCCAGACCCUCGCACCCCGUGCUUCUGCAGUGGCUCUGCCGCCUAUGCACUUCAUGCCAGGCGUGCGAGGUCCCCCGGCUACGUCAGCUGCUGUAGCGGCCCCAACCGGAACCCCGCUGCAUGUGACCAGCACCCGGCCGCAGGGUCUUGCGGCCGCUGCGGCAGAGGACCACACGCCCGCCUGCCAGCUGCUACGGGGCCUGGCCGCGCCCACAACGGCUCCGCCCAGCAGCGCCCGCAGCACCCCGUUUGAUGAAGACAUGUUUGCUGCGCUGGAUUCUUUGGAGCGGAGAGUAACCCAUGCAACAGCCGUGGGUGGUGGAGCUGGUGCUGCGGGGGUAGGCGCACAGGGCUGGGGCCCGAUGCCGCCGCCACAGGGCGACGGGCAGCAGCUGCACGCGGGACAGCCGGCGGGGCCGUACGUGGAAGGAACGGUCGGGGCGCCUAUCACCACGGCUUUCGAGCUUAUGCAGCAGCAGGAGCAGCAGCACCAACAGCCGCAGCAGCAGAACAUCUGGCCUUGGCGGCCCCCUCAGCCACCGCAGGCGCCGCGUCAAGAGGUGGCCCAACACGGCCGGGAUGGCCCAUCCGCCGAGACUGCACAACAGGCGCCGCAUGCAGGUGCGGCUGCUCAUUGUAUGCCAGGAACAGAGCAUGGUCAGGGCUCAGCUGCAGGAGGAGCAGGGGUCCCAGCAGCAGCCGCUGGGCCCCAGCAUGCGGCGGCGGACGCGUCAGGCCGCACGCCCGCGAUUGUCCUGAGGGGUGCAGGCGGAGUUGCGGCUCAGGGACCUGUACCUGCAACUGAACCGACACCAGAAUCCGGCAGCUUCUUUGCGGCCCUUGACGAACUUGAGGAGAGGCACCGUCGGGCCGAUGCGUUGGCUGCGGCAGCAGGACCGGAUGGGGCAGAGGGCCCGGGAGCAGCAGCAGCCGCAGCGGGUGGAGAUGGCCAUGCUGCCGGGGCUGCUGCGAUGGGGGCUGGCGGCGGCCUGGCAAAGGAAUCGCCGCUUCCUGUCAAGCAAUUGGCAUUCACGCCCGUGCACGCAGUGCAUCAGCAAUCUUCCUUGGGAUACCAACACCAGCAGCAGUCGCACUUUGCCAGGCCGCCUUCUAUGAAUGCUGGUGCUGCGCCUGUCGGCCCGCAACCGCACGCCCGGCCGCAAGACGCCCACUCAAAUCACUACAGCCGCUACCAGCAUCAGCAACCAUGGCAGCAGCAGCGGAGAGGGGCGGAUGCACCCGGCUCUCAUUUCCCAGGGCCCUUGCAGCAUGGGGAGAUGCAGCAGCAGGGACCUCCGGCGCCUCAGCAGGAGCCACAACCACAGCAGGUGGAUGUACACGGGCAAGCGGCACAAUCGCUUCUUGG